AAAAUUAGCUCAUUCUGAUGUCUGACUUCAAACUGCCUGACUAGGCAACAGAGGGAACAUAUCAUCAGAAUUCCCCCUUUGGCAAUACCUGCUGAUUGGGUCCUAAAAAAAACAGCAAGCAGCUUUUAACUUUUAAUAUUUGGCUCCCGAGUUCUGCCACGAGUAGUCGCGAAAGAUAGAUUCUCCCUCAGUGUUUUUGGAGGAUAGAAAUAAAAAUCCAUCAGUGCAGAUUUUUUUUUUUAAACAGUUAAAAUCAGAGUGCGCGUGUGUGCGCGCAUGUAGGUUUCCUGCUGAAGAAGUUUUAGCGAAACUUUAAGGAUGAUAUACCUUGGAUGUUUCCUGUUGCUCUGUGGGCUUACGCAUGUCAUGGCAAGUUAUCCCAUCUGGUGGUCACUAGCAGUGGGCCAGCAGUACUCAUCACUGGGCACUCAACCCAUCCUCUGUGGCAGCAUCCCAGGUCUGGUGCCCAAGCAGCUGCGCUUCUGCCGGAACUACGUGGAAAUCAUGCCCAGUGUGGCCGAGGGGGUGAAGAUUGGCAUCCAGGAGUGCCAGCACCAGUUCAGAGGCCGACGCUGGAACUGCACUACAGUCAAUGACAAUCUGGCCAUUUUUGGGCCAGUUUUAGAUAAAGCCACUCGGGAGUCAGCAUUUGUUCAUGCUAUUGCGUCGGCGGGAGUGGCAUUUGCAGUGACCCGUGCCUGCGCUGAAGGUUCAGCCACCAUCUGCGGAUGUGACACACGCCACAAGGGCCCCCCUGGUGAGGGAUGGAAGUGGGGUGGCUGCAGCGAGGAUGUGGAAUUCGGGAGCAUGGUGUCCCGGGAGUUUGCUGAUGCGAGGGAGAAUCGCCCUGAUGCACGCUCAGCCAUGAAUCGACAUAACAAUGAGGCAGGGAGAAUGUCCCUCAACGACAACAUGUUCCUGAAGUGUAAGUGCCACGGGCUGUCGGGCAGCUGCGAGGUCAAGACGUGCUGGUGGUCUCAGCCCGACUUCCGAGUUAUUGGCGACUACAUGAAGGACAAGUACGACAGCGCAUCAGAGAUGGUGGUGGAGAAACAUAAGGAGUCCCGUGGAUGGGUGGAGACCCUGAGGCCCAAAUACAACUACUUCAAACCCCCCACAGAGCGCGACCUGGUUUACUACGAAAGCUCACCCAAUUUCUGCGACCCCAAUCCAGAGACUGGCUCCUUCGGCACCCGCGAUCGCAUCUGCAACCUAACAUCCCACGGCAUCGACGGGUGUGACCUGCUCUGUUGCGGCAGAGGUCACAACACCAGGACUGAGAAGAGAAAGGAGAAGUGUCACUGUAUUUUCCACUGGUGCUGCUACGUCAGGUGUCAGGAGUGUGUGAGAGUCUACGAUGUGCACACCUGCAAAUAAGGAUGUCGGGCUCUCACCUCUUCUCACCAAAACUUUAGGGCUUCAGUAGGCAGAAGAACAAAUACAGCAACUUAUCUACAAGAUAUGAGAGACUAUAAAGCUGUCCGACCUGUCCACGGACUCCAGUGGCAGACAUAACAACUGUUCUGUGCUAAAAAGAGCCAGUCUCUGCCUUGAUCAACUGAAACGGUUGAGUAGAUGUUGACAUCACAAAGCAUCAUCCGUAUGAACUGUGAUGAUGGUGAUGAUGACAACAAUGUUGAUAUCUCUAGCGAUUGUGAAAGAGUUUUCAUGUACUGACUUAGGAAAAGAGAACUGUCGGCUAAUUGACAAACACCAUAUUGGUGUUAUUUUUUUUUUCUUUCUGUGUUCCAAGUAGUUACCUUUGUUGAGAAUAGUACAGCACUGGCAAUGCUUUCAAGUCUAUGGGGCAAACAAUGAACGUGUCACAUUUUCUUCAAUGUUUAAUAAUUUUUUUGCCAUAAAAGUGAUAACAUUUAUGAGCGAUUUACACGAUCAGACACUCAACAGCAUGCAUUCUCCUCAACAUUAUUAGUAUGUAUGUGUAUAUCUGAAAACUAACAUUAUCAUUGUGUGAAUGAGUUUUUUUAUAGUGUUAAUAUGUUACUGAUGUUUGGGUAAGAAUGCACUUGCACCUGCGUGAAUGUAGUUAUUAUGCUGCAAUGUGUUUACAUAUUCUCAAAUUCUUAAGCUAACGAGUUAAUAUCUGCUUUAAAUGACUAAUUUUAUAUUGAGAGUUGACAUGAGCCACACCAACCGAACAUCGGCAAAACAAGAAAAUACACAGUCUGCACAUUUCCUGAAACACCUGAAAACACUGGAAGCUUUUUUUCUUAAGAGUAACCAUGCUUUGAACAACAUCGAUAGUUAUGACCAAAGAACAGAGAACGCCGCUGUAAGUCUACGGUGGUCAGAGAGCUGUAAAUUAAUCUGAAAGGUCAGCACUUGUGUCCCGUUGAGAAAUAUGAAGCAUGUUCUCCUUGUUUUUAUCAGUAUUAGCAAAGUCUCAUGUGACUGGGUAUGGGGAAAGCUGUUAUUUAUAAAAAGGGAUAUUCCCACUAUAUUUUUGUUUCAUUUACACACAAUAUUAUUUUAUUUUCAUAUUUGAUGAGAUACAGGUUAAUUCAGUACUCCCUGGUAAAAUAAAACACAAAUGGCAAACACACUGCAAACUAAGCUGUAUCAUAUGAGCUCUGUAUAAUGCAGUAUAAUUUGCAGUUGUGGUAAAAUGAUGACCAAAACCUGUCCAUGCAGCCUGGUCUCCUAAACAUUACAUUCCCAUGCAAUGAAACGACAUGUCAAUAAUGUUUAAAGAGAAUCAUUAUUCUUCCUGGAUUAUAUUUGUUCUUGGUGUAUGACAAAAAUGUUUCUAAUCAAAGUCUGUUGCCCCCAGAGGGAGGGGUUUUAGCUGUUUUUCACUUGUUUGCGUCCCAUGUGAAAUCAUAAGUCAAUUUGUGACUUAUUUUUGUAACAAACGUCCUUACUGUAACCCAAACUGAGAUCUUUUACUAAACAUAACCAAGUAGUUUUGGUGUAAACCCAACCAAACUGUGACUUUAAUAUUAACCACAUGUUUAAACUGCAACUGUAAUCCAGGAGAAAAUAAGUUUCCCUCAAAAUGUAAUUGAGAAUACAGUUUUGUUGUUUUUUGAACAUAAUUUUUAGGAGACAGGGUUGGUGCAUGAGAUGAUUCUCAGCUGUGGCUUCUUGUUCUCCAAACUAAAUAACAAGCAGCAUCACUGAAACUAUCAAUACUCCCCUUAUUUUAAUGCUGCUAAGUAAAGAUAAUAUUUGUGCGUCUAUGUGUGUGUAUGUGUGUGUUUGUUUGUGUGUGUUUAGGUCCUUACAUACAGUAUGUAUUUGUGUUAUGUGUAUAUUCUUGCAUGUAUUUGAUUCUUUCUGUGAAAGAAAUCUAUUAUAUGUAGUUUGGAAAAAUGUGAAGUUUUUGACUAAUUUUUGCAUACAUUAAUUCCCAUUUUAACCAAAUAGACCAAAAUAGAGUUUAUGUUAUUUUAGUUGCCUAUGGUUUUGUAGUCAUGCUAAACAUCAGGGCAGAAUGAUUCAUGUUGCUCUCCCUUAAUUUGAGAAGAAAUAAAAUAGUAUUUAUUUAUUUGGAAAGUGAAAAACUACUGAAAGCUGAGACAAGUAACACAAUGUGUAUGAAAAAAUGUGCAUUUUACUGAUAGCCUCGACUAUAAGAAGAUGUGUAAAGUCACAGAUGAAUUAUUGUUUACAGCCAAUGUAAUGCUAUGUCUCAGGCAUGUAUAGUUCUCAGAUUUUAAUCAAAAAACGCCCACCCAUGAUUACUUUUCAUCCUGACUGAAAAUAUUAAUGUGCAGCCAUAACCAGUUUCACAGUUAAAGUCAUCUUUAAUAAACUAUACAGCGACCAUGAUCAGUACAAGAUCUGUUAUUUUGAUUUAUUACUGUACACUUUAUAUGUGAUUGAUUGCUUGGGUGGACAAUUUGCUUAUGUUCUAAUUUUUUUGUCAAGUCUUUAAAUCCAAAGUUUUGUACAAACUAGUUUUUGCCUUUGUAUGGAUUCCUAAAAUUUGAUGUUUUUUAUAAUUAUUUAUUUCAUGCUAUGUACAUAUUAGUAAGUAAAAGUAUAUAUUUGCAGACAUACUUUUUUUUGUUGAAACAGUGUUGUGACUUGUAACGCUGUAGCCUUUUUACCUCAUCUCUGUUUUUUCACUGACUGCACACAGGUACCGUUUGUCUUACUGCCUGUAGUAGAUUUCUAAAGUUAACUCUGUAACACCAAAAUAAAGCAACAUAA